AUGUUGGCGUUGGCUCACAUGGCCUCGCCACAGACGAAAAAGGCGUCUGUGGUGGUCCAGCCUGGUGGCUAUCCAUUCAGUCUGCCAUGUGGUUCCAAGUUGACCAUUGUGGUCUCCCAUGAGAGAACCUCGUUGGAGGCUACCAAGACCAACACCAGCGACGAACCGACGCAACGUGUUAGGCACGUGAUCAAGCUUUCCUCGCACAGUCCGCACGAAUGGAUCGAUACCAAGAGCACGUUUGUGGUGGUCUCGCCGUGUCCACCGUAUGCUAGCGCAGCCGCAGAGCCAGAUACCAACAGCUUUGCGUUCCGAGCCCAACGCUGUGCUCAAGGCUCGCUGCAGUUAUCGUCGGAGGAAGGGGUGAUCGACUCGAGCCGUAUCUGGAAUUGGGUCAAUGUGUUCUUUGCUCUGUGGCCGCAACAGGAACAUAUGCUUUUGUGCACUGAAGGCCUACCAGCUUCGGUCAUAUCCUUUUUGGUCACGUCAAAGCUCGCUAUUCUGGACCCUUUGACUCUGUCGCCAUUCCCGAGGCAGAAUGGCAAGAUGUCCGUGCAUACUGGACGUCUACUCGUGUCGCGCGCUGCUUUUUGGCAGGGGCUUGGGUCGCCAACCGAUGGGUUCGCACCAUGGGUGCUGCCUCUGGCGGAUGCGGCUAUACGUACUGCUCUGACGUCGUCGAAUGCAGAGAUGGUUGCUUCUCCGCUGGCAGUACCGUUCAAGCCGCCUCCGUCGGCAGGUCCGAUCUACUCGCGCUUCAUUCCAGGUCUGGACUCUCACCUUACCUUUCGGAUCGCCUCAUCGACCAACGCCAAGGAUGUUGACCUCAUCACGGCGUGGCACGAUACCGAUCGCGUCAACGAGGGUUGGAGACAACGCUGCAGUCGUGAAGAGCAGCUUGCUGGGAUGCAAAAGGGCGAACAGAACGCGCACUGCCUUGGUCUGAUCGGCGAGUGGGACGGAGAAGCGUGGGGCUACGUCGAGAUCUACUACUCGAAGCACUCGAACCUGAUCGACUUUUACACGGCUGGGCGGCACGAUCGAGGGUUUCACGCGCUGGUAGGUGAUGAGCGCUUCCGUGGUCCACACAGGGUGAGGUCAUGGAUGGGAAGCUUGGUACAUCUCAUGUUCUUACUGGAUCCCUCGACGACGCAGUGCGUGUCGGAACCUCGAUUGUCCAACACCAAGAUGAUCCAAUACGAGAUGAUGGUAGGUGGCAAUGUGGAAAAGUGGAUCGAUUUUCUUCACAAGCGGGCGGCGCUGGUACAAUUUAGCAAGGAGAGGUUCUUCCAGUUGUGUCCGUUGGAGCCUCUGCCAGAACACCUGGCGUAG